CUCACUCACUAAUGACUUUUGCGACAUAUAUAGCUGGACAAACACCAUUUCCUAAAUUCAGUGCUGUGCUCAUGUUGGAUGAUGUGCAAAUAGGAUAUUAUGACUCAAACACAUGGAAACUUGUCUAUCACUCUCACAGAGAAUAUGUUGAAGAGCAAAGUGAUGCUGAAACUGUAUUUCGUGUUUUAUAUAACAGCCUGAAACGUUUGGAAUUCCAUUAUAAUGAUCACUUAAAUCACUCAGGUGUACGUGUUACUCAGAGACUUGCUGGAUGUGAAUUGUUGAACAAUGAUAAACCUGGUCCACUUCAUUUCUGGGAUGCGUUCGAUGGACAAAACGUUGGGGAGUUCACCUUUGACAAUGAAAAAAAGGAAAUCCAGAAUAAACUGCAAUGGAAAACAUGGGACCAAGCAAAACAGCUUCAUGUAAAGUUCUUGCAUCAAAAUGUUUAUCAUCCUAUUUGCAUUAAAACCUUGCGGAGGUUUCUGAACAUGGAAAAGAACAAUGUGAUGAGAAAAGUGAAACCCAGAGUCAGACUCAUGAGGAAGAUGCUCCCAGACUCUCAGGGGCUUCAGAUCAGCUGUCUGGCCACUGGUUUUUACCCCCGUCACAUUAACCUGACCCUGUUCAUGGACGGUCAGCCUGUGGAUGAUGAUCAGAUCACAGGAGGAGAGAUUCUGCCCAACGGAGAUGGAACUUACCAGAUGAGGAAGAGUUUGGUGAUCAGUGAAGAAAAGCUACGUGAAGAACAUAAAUACAACUGCACAAUGCAACGCCUCAAUCUGGACAACAAACUGGACAUUACAUCUGAUGUGGAUGAAUCUGCUCCAGGAUCCUCCAGUCUGUCUGUAGUGAUCAGUGUGCUGCUGGUGGUGUUCGUGGCUGUUCUCAUUAUAAUUGCACUCAUCAAAUGGAAGAAGAGACAAGCUGCUGCUUCUGGCCCUGAUGAAACGUGA